AUGGUCCUGAGGCCUGAUGAAGCGGACUGGAGUGGGUUUUCAAACAAGAAGUUUGGCGCAAGUCGUCUCGGACGUGAUUGUCUCUGGUGGAACGACUUUGAAGUCUUCCCUCUCCCUCAAAUUGUUUGGUUGACAGAUUUCCAGCAAGUCCGCGAAUGCUGCAAGGACAGGGGUUGGCACGCGUACAUCCAUGACCAUCACUUGAAGAUGUCGUCCAGCGGAUCCAGCACAUGUAAAGAGAUUUGGAUCCUGAGUCACGACAGCGACGGGGUGUUCAGAAAUCCCAAUCAAAAACUAACGGUACCGAAUCUAUUGACCAUGGGCGCAGGCGCCCAAGAGGUAGUACACGAUGCUAUCCAGCAGCGCUUCAAGCUUAUACUACAAAUCAAACGGCUCAUUUUCCUGGCGCUGACAACAGUACCUCAGGACUCCAUGCAAACCAAAGUCAGGAAAUGCGAGAAAGCUCCAUGGACAAAGGGAAAUCUGGUGAAUUUCAAUUCCGCAGGCACAUCCAACAUUGUUUUGCUUAUAUUUACCUGUAAAGUAGUCAGAGUAGUUAGCCACAAAGAUACACUGGUACCAUCUCAGAGUCGUGCAGGAUCCGCUGAUCACUUCUUGGGGACCGCAUUUCAAGCUGCAAAUUCUACAGAGGACCUGAUGUAUUCUGCACAUGGCUCUCCAAAUCCCACCCCUCCUCCUCCAAGUGCAUGUGAGCCGUCAGACGUACAUUUGCAACCAACCCCCACCGAAUCUUUGCGCAGCCAGUCUUCCAAACCUCGCCUCUCCAAACAUGCUGUUGCAGCAGACUCGCAUUACCAGCUGGAUCCUAUCCUCCGCACAACAUUCGCAUCCGCUACGCUCAAGCCGACCAUUAGCCCAAGCAGAAAACAGAUCUUCUCCCCGGUCAUCUUGAAAGCUCCAUCCUCCGCGCAGCAUUCAAUAUUUCGAAGGAGAAAGUACCCCCUCCUACAAUAUCUGCUACACUGCUGCCAACUAUUAGCUCAUCAAUACGCACAGAACAACCUCCCGGCAACGUCGAGAAAACGCCCACUCCUCAAAGAUACAAUCACUCAUUCCCCACUAUUUGCACCCCCCUAUUUUUCCCCAUUGAAUGUUCUGUGGAACAUCGCAAAGAUCAAGUGCUAUCGCCAAUCCCCGAGCAACCACCCUCCCCGCAGCCUCCUUUCCCUGAAUUUUCUACUAUCCAUACCUGCUGGUUGUCGAGAUGACACGCCAGCCUCUGGCCUUGGUGCACCACCCUGUGAACCCGAUACUAAUCCCUAUGAAUCCACUGCGCAAAGUAAACCCACCAGCCAUGCUAAUGAGGCCGACCAUGACAAGGAGAUGAAGAUGGGGGAGGAGAUAGAUACGGAGGAGAUAGAUACGGAGGAGGAUAUGGAUGCCAACAAGGAGAUACAGAAGGAGGAGGCGGAUAUGGAGAAGGAUAUGGACACCGAUGAUGAGAAUGAUGGGAGUAACCAAGAGGCGGAGGAUGAUCAAUUCCAAAGAGGUCCCCCAAGAGAAAUCAAUUUGGCAAGGGAGUCUACCCCGACAUGUUCAGAUAUGCAGGAGCUGUUUAAACUCAUUCAAGGGAUCAAGCAGUCAGUCAAGGGGUGCAAAGAGGCACUUGUUGGUGUAGAUUGCACCAUGCACAAAGACCCCUCUGGUCUCGACGUUCUUCGUUCAAAGCUGAAUCAUAAGCUUACCAGGCAUCCUGUCCACCGACCAGAUCUCUCCAAAAGAAUCGCUUGUCCAGUUGCAUCUCAUAUCGACAGGCUUCUUGGCACGUCCAAACUCGCUUCAAUGGUAACUACAGUGGAGUUGAAACUUUUUGCAACAACAUGGAAAGCCAGCGUUGAAAAAGGCCUCAACUGUCCUCCUUGCUGCACUGUCGACCACUUCUGUAUUGACACUGUCUCUGGACCUAGGAGCCCAUGGAACAAGUCAGCAGCUCGCGUAUUUGCCGAUGACUGUGUUUCAUUCCACGGCAUCGAUAAAACGUAUGUGGCACUGCAAACCGUCAUGCGCCAGUUUCAUACACAUGUCAAGGGCCUUAAGGCAAAAUGGGCAAGACUGUCUAAAUCUAGUCAAGAGAAGAAGCUACAUGUGUUAGGACCUGAUGGAAUGUCGAGCGACAAAUCAGACGAUGAAUUCAAUGGUCAUAACUAUUUCAAGAUUGUGGAGCCUCAAUUCCGAGCUUCCGUUGUUACAUCUUGGUUAAGGGCCUUUGACGCUAUUCAUGCCAUCAACCGCAAGAUUGCCCAAGAUAAACGAGUGGCUCUCCGUGCAAAGCGAUACCAACAGACGGUUCAUAAUCCAUCCUUUGGAGGAGGAAUACGAUUUCAGCCACGAUCCUCAAAUAUUACAGUGAUAUGUAAGAUAGGAAUGUUGGCAGCCAAACCAUAUGUUUACAAGUGUUCCUCGUUGCGGGCGUACUCUGAUGAGGCUGUUUUCAGAAGCGGCCAAGCUCUGCAAAACUUGGACAAGCUCGAGUCCGCCUGCUCUUUGCUUGCUCAGAAGGAGUUUGUUCUGGCCGAGGACGAUGCCUGGGAUUCCAUCUUCACCCUCGCCCACCUCUUCUGGCAAAGCCAAAUCAACAUCAGUGAAUUCGAACCAACAUCUACCAGAUACCAGGCAAGGCCACCGCGUGUCCUUCAGCAAAGUGAUGGUAUAGACGCGGGAAAUACCUCAUCGCAUGAACAGGCCGACAGUACACCUUCAGGUUUUCAUGUUGAAAAAACAACGUCACCUGUCAUUCGCCAAGCUCUUGUAGAUGAGCUGGUUUUAGUUUCAGUAGCUGCUCCCGAGGUGCAGAAGAUGCCAAGACCACAUGAUGUCAAUACAUUUCCAAAACAUGCACGAGAUGGUCGUCCCGACUUACCGGUUUGUAACGAGCGCCCCUUCAAAUCAAAGCAAGAUUCUGGGUCAACGUGUUGGUUUAAAUCAUCAUCUCAAGGGCCAAUCUCCGCACCAUCCAGUCGCCUGCGAGUUGGUGUUUCUGAUAUCUAUAUCCAUGAGAACUUACUUGAUAAGUCCAAACAAGUUUGGUUACGGCUCGAAGAUGGAUGGUUGUCUAUCACUGCUCAAUACUUGAUGAACAGUCUCACUAUUGUGCAUCCACUGAACUCUCUACGUGUUCUUCGAGUGCAACCGGUAGAUGAGACCCCCAGCUGGAUCUUGAAGAGCACAAAAAAUGUUUAUAAUCAUUUAGAAAAACAAAACAUCGGUGAUGAUUAUAGAAAGGAUGACAUGAAGAAGCGAGGUAUGAGCCAACGAGCAGCAUCAAUGCCUGCAGACAUAGUUGAAUAA